CAAUUUUGCGCGCCGCUCGCCGCGCAUGCGUGUUUUGCUCACGGUCGUCUGCGUUUGUGGUUUCGUUCGCGGUAUAGCCAUUUUUCACCCGAAAAUUUCUCUUUUUAACUCACGCAUCCUAAUGUACAACCGAUGUCCUGUCGUUUUUGAACAAUCAAAGAAGUAUUUUAGCCACUAAUUUCUGCAUCAACGGACUCUGAAUGAUGUUUUUGGACCUCUGAAAAUUGGGAAUCCUGCAGCCAAUAUGGCGGUCGUGUGGAUCUGCUGGAACCAAACCUUGUCAGAUGUGCGAGGUAUGUUUUGCAUGCUUUCUGUUUUUUUCCUCGCUCCGUGGUUUUGCUAAUGUGAUAUUGGGUGUUGCAAACCUCCCAAAGACCAAGCAGUUAGCCUACUUCAAUGUCCUUGAGAGCAUAGGAGGCCUCAUCUCAGCAGGAGUCUUCAUCUAUGAGAAUGGGCUGUUAUGAUUCCAGUUGGCCACACUUCUAGACACAGCCUAUGGACUCCUGGUGGAAAAACAACGGCGCAAGCUGAAUGAGAGAUACGCCAUCUACUUAGAGCAACGUUACCUUGGAUGCAUCAAGAAAAAAGUCCUUGAGAGCAUAGGAGGCCUCAUCUCAGCAGGAUCUUCAUCCAUGAGAAUGGGCUAUUACGAUUCCAGUCGGCCACACUUCAUGAAACAGCCUAUGGACUCCUGGUGGAAAAACAACGGCGCAAGCUGCAUGAGAGAUACGCCAUCUACUUAGAGCAACGUCACCAUGAAUUCAUCAAGGAAAAAAGAUCUUGGUCAUCCUCCAUCACCCACUUGCCGGCACAGAUUUGCGCCACUACCAGUUCUUGUCCAGUUUCGCCAAUUCCUGUGGUUGCGACAUCAUGGAGAUGUCCUUGAGAGCAUAAGAGGCCUCAUCUCAGCAGGAUUUUCAUCCAUGAGAAUGGGCUAUUACAAUUCCAGGCGGCCACACUCCAAGAAACAGCCUAGGGACUCCUGGUGGAAAAGCAACGGCGCAAGCCGCAUAAGAGAUACACCGUCUACAUUAAGAGCAACGUUACUGCGGAUUCAUCAACGAAAAAAAAAGGAAGACAUUCAGCCAAACAAGAAGAGUCGAAUGGUUCAGCAGAGAAAGGAAGACAUUCAGCCCAAAAAGAAGAGUCGAUCGAAUGGUUCAGCAGAGGGGUUUGAGGACUGCAUCUUCAAGCUCGAGAUGCAAGGAGCCUGCAUUACUUGGCCCAGCUUGAGCUGACACUGAAGAGGAGUUACACAACAUGCUGCUGUUCUGUGUGCCCGAACCGAUUUAUUUUAUGAGAGGCCUAUAGAUGAAAAGUUACAAUUCACACGUUCGCCUUUGAAAGAAUACGCCACAGAAGUAGGACAUGAUGCGGGUCAUCUCCAACAGUGAUGUGUCUAAACAAUGUCUCGUAGGAUAAUUUUACCAUAGGAUUUACGUGGACAAUAAAGUUGAACAUUUUAAAGUUGAAUUUUCUCAGAAAUUAAAGUUGAAGGUUUACCACUUAACGUAUUUUAUUUUUAUGUUAUAAUAAUGGCUUAUUACCUUUAUCUUUACCGUUACAAAAUUUUGAUGAACACUCACUCUAAUUUCAAACCAUUUAUUGUUAUAUAAAAUAUAGAGGCAAUCCACGUAACGUUUUGAAUAUGUUAUGUUAAUGUUAUUUUUUUACUUAAGCAAGUCCAACCCAUUAACGUUUUGGAAAUAAGAUUGAAAAAGGAGUUCAGAUUGUUUAUUUUCAAAUGUGGAUGACAUUUUAAUGGAUUUAGCUCUGUAAUUAGUUCACCAGUACUUUUGCUUUUCUACUCUUAAUGAUUAAUGAUCUUAUGUUUAAUGAACUUUAGUCAUAUUUGUCCUAGAGUUAAAAAAACCAAAAAAAAAACCCUGAUUAUCGUGUCUUAAUGCACGAGUUGUACGAGUUUUAUUUGCUGGCAAAGUUUAUAAAAAAGGUAAGUGACUAAAAAAUGUUGGUGAAUAUUAAAGAUUGAAUAUAUACUGAAAUAAAAAGAGAGAACAGGCAAAGAUAAA